GUUGGUAAAUAGUCGCAUACAACCCUGCAUAUGACAGCCGGCCCUGCAGCUGAUGUUGGCAUGUAAAUAAACAAUGCUUGCAAUUGCAUUGCAACUACUGACCGUUGGCCUGCUGUGGGGCGUUACGAAUCCAUUUAUACGCCUAGGAAGUCAAGGCAUUGAGUCUGUUAAGGACACAGGCUCCAGGUAUCGAAAUUUUCUUGCCGAGCUGCGGAUGAUUGGCUCCCGCCUGCAUUACUGGAUACCAUUUGGGCUCAAUCAGUGUGGUAGUGUGCUGUAUGUGUGGACACUGCGCACCGCCAAUAUAACUGUUGCUGUGCCCGUGGCAAAUUCGUUAAGCUUCGCCUUUACAGCUAUAACGGGCUAUCUGCUUGGCGAACAACUGCCUGGCAAAAAGAUAAUCAUUGGAACGUUGCUUAUAUGUUGCGGAAGCAUACUCAUGAUUUAUGACAAGUUGCUACAAGAACAGCAGAGCCAAAGUAUAGAUUUCCAAUAAAUAUUUACUAUUCUUA